AUGCGUCGCCUUUCCUCCACGCGGUUACCGCUGGUGCUCAACGCAGCAAGACAGCCACCGCUCUCUCGUCGCCCGCUUUCGCUUUCAUUCCUCAACCCCUCCUCCACAUUAUCUCUUUCAACGACUACUCCUUCAACUACUACCUCUCCUACGACAAAUCGCCUCUCUCGUUCUUCUCCCCUCUCGCAUACUUCGAAACGCUACUGUUCUUACCGCAGGAUGUGUCGCCGUGGUGAGGAGCUCUCGGGCUCGACUACCAUGCAGGGCCGUGAGGUGCUGCCGAAGAAUGUUAAACCCGUGCAUUAUGAUUUGACCCUGGAGCCGGACUUUGAGAAGUUCACUUAUGAUGGGAGUGUUGUUAUUGACCUCCAAGUCACAGAAGACACCACCUCGAUCUCGCUCAACUCGAAUGAAAUCGACAUCAAGAAGGCCUCCGUCCUAUCGCAGGGCUCCGUCAUCGCAUCUAACCCUGAUGUCUCCAUCAACAAAGACACCCAGGUCGCUACCGUCAAGUUCUCGGACACUAUUCCCGCGGGGACCUCCGCCCAGCUGAAGCUGGACUUUGUCGGCUCGCUGAAUGACAACAUGGCUGGUUUUUACCGCUCGUCAUAUAAGACCAGUGAUGGCCAGACCAAGUAUAUUGCUUCGACGCAGAUGGAGCCGACGGAUGCCCGGCGGGCGUUUCCCUGCUUUGAUGAGCCGGCGCUCAAGGCCAAGUUUACGAUCACGCUGGUUGCGGAUAAGAGCAUGACUUGCUUGAGUAAUAUGGAUGUUGCCGAGGAGAAGGAUGUUGGGAGUGGUAAGGCGGCGGUUAAGUUUAAUACGUCGCCACUUAUGUCGACCUAUCUUGUGGCGUUUAUUGUUGGCCAUCUUAACUAUAUUGAGACCAAGGACUUCCGUGUUCCUAUCCGGGUGUAUGCUACGCCCGACCAGGACAUUGAGCAUGGUCGCUUCUCGUUGGAUUUGGCGGCUAGGACGCUGGCUUUCUAUGAGAAGGCUUUUGACAGCGAGUUCCCGCUUCCCAAGAUGGAUAUGGUUGCCGUGCCGGAUUUCAGUGCCGGGGCCAUGGAGAACUGGGGUCUGAUCACCUACCGUAUCGUCGACGUGCUGCUGGACGAGAAGACCAGCGGCGCUUCGCGCAAGGAGCGUAUUGCCGAGGUUGUCCAGCACGAAUUGGCCCACCAAUGGUUCGGUAACCUGGUCACCAUGGACUUCUGGGAUGGUCUCUGGUUGAACGAGGGUUUUGCUACCUGGAUGUCGUGGUACUCUUGCAACAGCUUCUACCCCGAGUGGAAGGUCUGGCAGACCUACGUCAUCGACAACCUGCAGGGUGCGCUGUCUCUCGACUCGCUGCGUAGCAGUCACCCCAUCGAGGUGCCUGUCAAGCGUGCCGAGGAUAUCAACCAGAUUUUUGACGCCAUCUCGUACUCCAAGGGCUCGUCCGUGCUGCGCAUGAUUUCCAAGUACUUGGGUGAGGAUGUCUUCCUCCAGGGUGUCCGCAACUACAUCAAGAAGCACGCCUACGGAAAUACUCAGACUGGCGAUCUUUGGGGUGCUUUGGCUGAUGCCAGUGGCAAGCCUGUGCAGGCUGUCAUGGACAUCUGGACCAAGCACGUUGGUUUCCCUGUCGUUUCGGUGACCGAGAACCCCGAGUCGUCGUCUAUCAGGCUGAAGCAGAACCGUUUCCUGCGUACGGGCGAUGUCCGUCCCGAGGAGGACACCACUCUCUACCCCAUCUCGCUGGGCCUGCGUACCAAGCAGGGUGUCGACGAGGAGACGAUGCUGACGGAGCGUGAGAGUGAAUUCAAGGUGCCUGACCUUGAUUUCUUUAAGCUCAAUGCUGACCACUCCGCCCUCUACCGUGCCUCGUAUAGCCCCGAGCGUCUCGCCAAGCUUGGCGAGGCCGCCAGAAAGGGAUUGUUGACCGUUGAGGACCGUGCCGGUAUGAUUGCGGACUCUGGCGCUCUUGCCGCUUCGGGCUACCAGAGUACCUCCGGUCUGUUGUCGCUUCUGAAGGGCUUCGACAGCGAGUCCGAGUUUGUCGUGUGGAACGAGAUCCUGGCUCGCAUUGGCACCGUGCGUGCCGCUUGGUUGUUCGAAGACACCCAGACCAAGGACGCCCUCAAGGCCUUCCAGCGCUCGCUGGUUGCCACCAAGGCGCACGAGCUCGGCUGGACAUUCUCCGAAGAAGACGGCCACAUCCUACAACAAUUCAAGGCCCUCAUGUUCGCCAGCGCCGGCUCCGCCGAAGACCCAACCGUAAUCAAGGCCGCGCAAGACAUGUUCGCCAAGUUCGCCGCCGGCGACCUCGGCGCGAUCCACCCCAACAUCCGCGGCAGUGUCUUCACCAUCGUCCUCAAGCACGGCGGCGCCAAGGAAUACGACGUCGUCCUCGACCGCUUCCGCAACGCACCUACUUCAGACGAAAAGACGACCGCUCUGCGCUGCCUGGGCGCCGCCGAAGACCCGGCUCUCAUCCAGCGCACGCUCGGCCUGGCCUCUGGCGACGAGGUUAAGAACCAGGACAUUUACAUGCCUCUUGGCGGCCUCCGCGCCCACGCCGCCGGUAUCGAGGCGCGCUGGAAUUGGGUCAAGGAUAACUGGGAUGCGCUAUAUAAGCGUCUGCCGCCUGGUCUGGGUAUGUUGGGUACUGUUGUGCAGCUUUGCACGUCGAGCUUCUGCACCGAGGAGCAGCUCAAGGACGUGCAGGGUUUCUUUGAGAAUAAGGAUACUAAGGGCUAUGACCGCGCUGUCGAGCAAACUCUGGAUGCUAUCCGGGCUAAGGUUCACUGGCUUAAGCGGGACCGGGACGAUGUUACGGGCUGGCUUAAGGCUAAUGGGUUCCUGCGUGAUGGGAAGCUGUAA